CAGACCGUUGCCCUGGCGACGCGGGUUGCUGAGGUUCUGCGCUGCGCUGGGAGUUUGAGACCCAGCGCCGGAACAGAUUCGCCACCGACUCUGCGACGGCCCCUCGCUGAGACCCUAGGUAGAGGCGGACAGAGCAGGGGAGCAGACCUGGUCUCUGCAGCUCAGCCCGGCGACGGUUCCUGACUCACCCGUGAACACCCGGCUCAGUGUGUCUCUCUGGCAUGAGAAACACCAGCAAGGAGCUGCACGGAGCCACAAGUCGCUAUGCCCCCUGCGACUGGUAUUACCACCAUCCUGUGAAGCGGUCCGAGAAGGCCGUGGAUGCCCCACCCGCGUCCCAGAUUCCAGGUCUCAGCAAUCUGCGGGCACCCCACAAUGGGCACAUACUCGGGCCACGGAGGUACUGGGUGAAGGAGACAGACUCGGAGUAUGUGAAGCUGGCGAAGCAGGGCGGCCGGCCCGAUCUGUUGAAGCACUUUGCCCCUGGGACCAGGACGGGCUCCCCCGUUGCCUACUCCUUGCCAGACUGGUACAUCCACCAUAGCAAGCCACCGACGGCCGACCAGAGACAAGUCCCUGCUGUGUCCAUACCUGACUACAUGGUUUAUGAAGAGUUUAGCCCCGAUCAGUCCAGUGGUAACUACGAGUUCAGAAGAGGGCCCUUCGACUUUGACAUGAAGACAGUUUGGCAAAGAGAGGCCGAGGAACUUGAAAAGGAGAAAAAAAAGGUGAGGCUGCCAGCCAUCAAGCCCAAGUAUCCGAGCAAAGUGGGGACCCCACUUGGCCCCAAAGACCCUGCAGGAAGCAAACUGUCCUUUCCACCCAUGCCUGGUCAAAAAACCAGUUCACCCACAAACUUUUCCAAACUUAUUAGCAACGGAUAUAAGGAUGAGUGGUUACAGCAGCAAGCAGACUCGGCCAAGGGCAGCCCGCCGCCGCCGACCAGGGCAUCUGCAUCGCCUGCAUCCCCGAAGGAUGCCCAGCAGCCCCCAGACCCAGAGGCUCCCCAGGGCGGCGCCAAGGAAGGCCAAGAGUCUUCUCCUCCAAGUCCAGCGGCAUCUCCUUCCACAUCAGCACCAGCAGGACUCAAAUAAACCCUGAUGCAGCACCUAGGAUCUAGGUUACAGGUGCAUUUAGAAGGCCCCUGUUAUAGGUUAUUCACAUAGAUUCUUAUAAAAUAAUCUUUCUUAGAACAGACCUGACGUCACUGCUGUGUAAACGGUACAAGUGGUGUGUCUUGUUUCUUGUGUCUCUCUGGGAUGUUGGGCAUGUGGCCUUGGAGACACUGUGCCUAGCUGACCUGGGAUGUCUUAGCAUCUGGGACCAGCCACGUCCUCCUCCUCAUCAGCUGACAUCACCUCCUACUGUAUGAGCCUCUGCCGGCACCAUUUCUAUUGAAGUCAAAUGUUUAGACUCUUAAAUAGAAGAAGGUCAUGCAAACGCUUUAAGCCUUUUUCACUGUUGGGUCCUGUGUCUUUGUAGAAAUAUUUUUUCCUGUUACAAAAAAGUAUUUAAUUCCAGAAUAUUGUGAUAUAGUUCAUAUUAAAAAAAGAUUAACUUAUUAUGCCUUGAAGUUUUAAACAUUUACUAUGAAAACAUAGUAGCAUUUGCUAAUUUUAAAUUUUUGAUAAUAUUUUUUGCAUAAACUGAAAGUCAUAAUAGUAAACAUUUAUUAUAUUCUUAAAGUAAAAAUAUGUUUAAUCGCAAUAUUUAAUCAUCUUAAAAUAUUUGAAUAAUCCUACUGAAUUAUCUCAUUUUGUAGAUUUUGUGACUAUUUAUAUGUAAGUAAUCAGCAUAAAAAUGUAGUUGUAUAUUUUGUACAUUUAGUUUGCUAAUAAAAUAAUAAUUUUCUGCUGGAAGAUUUUCAGAGAGCCAAAUAAGGUCAGAAGUAUUUUAGCUUCUCUCCCAGAAUAAGCUUAUCAUGCACUUUCUCACUUAAAAUGUAAAAGUCUUCGAUUAAUUCUUUAAAUGAAAUACUUAACUGAGCAGGUGUGUCUCUGCCAUUGGAUCAGAUUGCAACAGGAGGCUGAGCAGCUGAGAGAGACCAUGAGGGGUGUGUGCACUGAACAGUGUCGUGGGAGAGGAAGGUGCUGUGUUUCCCUCGGUUCUCCCUCCCCCCCUCUUUCUUCUCUGCCUCAAUCCCUACCUCAUUCUCAAACUCCCACCCUAAGAGACAACCACCAGGAAUAAAGAUCAGUAGCUUACAACUCUUUAA